UAAAGGGGGAAAAAAAAUAUCGACCCAAACAAUAAGGGUACUUUCGUAAAUUUGAGGAUAAAAUUCCCCGUUUAAUUAAAAUUUAUAUUGCUGCCUGACUGACUGCUGAGAGAUACGUGGAAAUACAAUUACGUGUGCUCUAAGCGAAAGCUCAAAAGAUUUAUUUUAUUUUAUUUUAUUUUAAUUUAUUGUUAUUGCUAUUGCUAUUGCUAUUGCUAUUGCUAUUGCAAUUUCUCACACUCUUCACCUUCUUCUCAAUUGUACACAGUGAGUUUUUGUUUAUACAGAGGAUUCUAAGUUAAUUACUGGGUCUGCUUUUUUCUUUUUAAUUGAAAGACGAAAGAAGAUUUCUUUUCUUUUCUUUUCCUAGUAUUUUUGUUGAUUAUAUAAUAUGAUGAUGCCUUGAAUAGUUGUUUGUGCUGAAUGGGUGGUUGGGGUUUUGGAUUUUGAGCUCUGAAUCAGUUAGAGUUUUUGAGUAAGAAAAAGAAAACAGAGACAGGGGAGAUGAGGAAAUCGUUCAAGGAUUCUCUCAAGGCACUUGAAGCUGAUAUUCAGUUCGCCAAUACCCUGGCUUCUGAUUAUCCAAGAGAAUAUGAUGGUGCCUGCCUUCAGAUGAGAUUAUCUUACAGUCCAGUUGCACAUUUCUUCCUUUUCCUUGUUCAGUGGACUGAUUGUCAUCUUGCUGGUGCCUUGGGGUUUCUCAGGAUUCUUAUAUACAAGGCGUAUGCUGAUGGUAAAACCACCAUGUCUAUUCAUGAAAGGAAAGCUAGCAUAAGAGAAUUCUAUGGGGUGAUCUUUCCCUCGUUAUUGCAACUAUCUCGAGGAAUUACGGAUGUGGAUGACAGGAAACAGAAGGAAAUUUGCGCUUCAAAGUUCACGAAAAGAGAUGAACUGAAUAAAGGAAAGGUCUCCGAAAUCGACUUAGAGAGGGAAGAAGAAUGUGGGAUUUGCAUGGAGAUGCGCAGCAAGAUUGUGUUGCCCACAUGCAACCAUUCAAUGUGUAUGAAAUGCUACCGAACCUGGCGAAUAAGGUCACAGUCAUGCCCCUUCUGUAGGGACAGCUUGAAAAGAGUGGAUUCGGGUGAUCUUUGGAUAUAUACAAGCAAAAAUGACAUUGUUGAUUUAGCUUCAAUCUCGAGGGAUAAUAUGAAGCGUCUUUUCAUGUAUAUUGAUAAGUUGCCGCAGAUUGUUCCAGAUCCAAAGAUUGUUUCUUAUGAUCCACAGCAUCAACGUUGAUCAGCUUAUUAUUUAGAAGUGUAAAUAACAAAUGGUUCAUUGUAGAUAGAA